UCGCCUUCCCAUCAUCCCUCAAGUCUUCGUGCCCGAGAUCAGCUCGAAAGUCUUAUUGCGAGACACGGCCACCCCACCAGAGUUUCGUUGUCAUCCCUUGAAGAAUUGACGGCGACCUCGUCGACUUAUAGUCCGCCAUCCCCCCAGUCUCCCGUCUCCGAUACCACAGACUAUUUAGCGGGUCUCAACCUCAACCAAUCUGCCUCUCGCCCCAUACCCAUACCGAAGCGGUCUCACAUCAUACACGAUCAAGACUUUCCCGUGACUCCAUUGACUGGACGCUUCGAUAAGGGUUACUAUUUUGCCCACCGUGAGCAAGUCCCCGACAGAAGCCGUGAAAAACCGACGCACAGGAGACAUUCUCGGCCGGUGCAUCGCCCACACUUCUCUGAAUCCUCCAGAAUGCGUUCUGAUAGCUCGACAUUGUACGCGCCGGUCGCAACUCCUUCCAUGUCGUCAGCUGGUCGCCCUCUCUCCCCGCAGCCGUCGCGGGCUCGGGGUGGGAACUCUUCCAAAUCCGCGCCAGCAUUUCAUCUCGGCAGCCUGCCACGGUUCCAUCCCGCAGUCUAUCAAUCUUCGGGCACCUCGCAAACUCUAUCUGCGCAGCCUCCGUCACCUCGACAAUCCCGACAGCAUGGCUAUCGUGCGUCAGCCAGCUCUCGCGAAACCAUGUGGCAGUAUCGGGAUCGAGUGGAUGGAAACUUCCUUGUCAAGGCUCCUUCUCGCCCGCUUUCGCCCAGUCCAUCUGCACCCCGUCUUGACCCCUUGCGCAGUCCUGGCCCAGUCACACCCCUCGCCCUCGAGGAUGCGGGAGGAUACCUGGGCUCAGGCACGACUUCGGCCGACCUCACUGCGCGAGACAGCCACUACUCUGGCCCGGCGCCUGAUGUGGUGGACAGGCUCAUCGCUCGCGAGGCUGAAAGGGCACGCUCGAAGGCCAGAAAGGGAAUGAAGGGAUACUGA